AUGGUUCUGUAUCCACGCUGCAGUCUCAUGUUUGGGUUGCGACUCUUUUACAGAGAGGUUGAGGUUGUUCACGCGCGUUCGCCUGAGCGUGUCUCACAUGAUUCUGUUCCUGUUGAUGGCGGUAAAGAGGGCUCAGCGCCAGAAGCUGCAACAAACAGGUCUUCAGUUCAGAACAGGAUAGGUCAAGGAGGAUUUGGAGAAGUUUACAAGGGUACUCUUUCUAAUGGACAGAAAAUUGCUGUGAAGAGACUCUUCACGAGCUCUGAGCAAGGCACCCUGGAAUUUAAGAAUGAGAUUUUACUAAUAGCUAAACUUCAACAUAGAAAUCUAGUGACAUUAAGUGAUAAAGUGCAUCCAGAUUGGAUUAUUGUGUGUGCUCAAGAGAAAGCAGAGGAUACGCCUCCCAUGUCAAGAGUUGUUCCAUAUUUAAGUAAUCUUUGUGUGGAAUUACCAUUUCCUCGCAAACCCGCAUUUUAUGUCCAUGGUAGGAUGGACCCAAAUUCGGGUCAUCAUUCUGCUUCUGCCAACAAUUCCAUUCCAUCUUCUGUCAAUGAAAUAUCUAUGACACCAUCUUUUCCUCGUUAG